CAGAGAGCUCAACCGCACAUCACUGCAGCGGGGCUGCAGUUCAGGCUCAGACCGGAAUACACACAAGGAGAUAUAUUGAAACCACGACCGCAGAGAUCCAGGGAAGGAUGAGGUGAGCCGUGAGGAGGUGGGAGGACUGAAUCAGCUUCCACGCUGCUUCUCCGGGAAGCCAAACUUCUCUUAUUCUUCAGUCAUGUUUUUCUUUUUUCUUUUUUUCAGACACACUCUAGCAUAUGCUCUUUGAACUUGACGAUAUUCUUUUGAUACCAAACGACGGCUGUGUUGGCAGGACCAGAAAGUUUGACUGACUCAACAUUGUUUCCAGUCUAAAGAUGCUGGCCAAGCAUUUUCCUGAGCCUAUCGAUUCAGAUAUACUCCUGAAGAUUGUCAGCCACAACCCGCUGUAAAUGACUUUUGCGACCUCAAUUUCAAUACUCUGAAAGAAGCGUAUUUUGCCAACGGCGCAUUUCUUCCACCGUUGAAGCUCAAGAUGUCUGGCUGUAGCCGUCGCUGCCGACAAGGAAUGUUCAAAUUAAUUCAGUCUAUGCAGAGACUGCUCUCCGGAUCCCUCACUAAAGAUAAGACGGACGAUGAGCUGGAGAUGACGAUGGUCUGCCACAGGCCAGAGGGUCUGGAUCAACUGGAAGCCCAAACCAACUUCACCAAACAAGAACUGCAGAUUCUCUAUCGAGGAUUUAAAAAUGAAUGUCCAAGUGGUGUCGUAAAUGAGGAGACCUUCAAACACAUCUACGCCCAGUUCUUUCCUCACGGCGAUGCAAGUAUGUAUGCUCAUUACCUCUUCAACGCAUUUGACACCACGAACAACGGCUCCAUUAAGUUCAAGGACUUUGUCGUGGGCCUGUCAACACUGCUGCGGGGAACUUUGAGGGAGAAGCUGGAGUGGACGUUUCACCUCUAUGACAUAAAUCAAGAUGGCUACAUCAACAGAGAGGAGAUGACUGAGAUUGUGAGAGCCAUUUAUGACAUGAUGGGCAAGUACACAUAUCCUGCACUGAAGGGCGACGUCCCACAGCAGCAUGUGGAUGCCUUCUUCCAGAAAAUGGACAAAAACAAAGAUGGGGUGGUGACUCUGGAAGAAUUCAUCAUUGCCUGCCAGGAGGAUGAAAACAUGAUGAGGUCCAUGCAGCUGUUUGAAAAUGUGAUGUAGGACAAGACAGGAUGUUGGUGAUCCAGAGUCUAUGUGUGUGAGUGUGUGUGCCUGCGUGUGUUUGGAUUAGCAGUCACGUCUCAAACCAGCUGUUUUUCUGGAUCUACAACAAAGUCCAAGAAAGGCAAAAGACUAUCAAGAGAUUGGCUCCAGCUGAGGCUCCUCAAGCAGCACGUUUGGACGGUCCAAUAAAAUCAAGUGAGCAGGACAUUGCUGCUCCACACGUGAAGAAAAGAGCUGUGGCUCCAUUUCAGAGGCAUGUUUUCGGCAGAAGAGAUUAUCGUUCUCCUUUAAAUCAAAUAGAAUGUGUUUCUGUAUUAACCUCUUGCAUCCAGUGGCUUGAAGAUGUCUGAUGUUCUGGUUCAUGCUGUUUGUUUCACUGCUGCAGUGACGUUUGUGUCGUCUCAGAUGUCACUUGUAAGUCAAUUUUUCGUCAUGCUUGCAGUAGAAGGUCAAAGUUCCCAUAUGAUGAGUCGCUAUGUUGAAUGUGGUGUUUUCAAAGUAGACCUCUGAUGAGUGUUUGUUUUUUCACUGUCAGUUGAAUGUGUCUGCCUCAGCGUGAUUCAUUUCAAGUGUUCAGUGUCUCUGAAGAAUGUAUCAUAAUUAGGAAGGUUUGUAUGCAUUUCAUUAUUUAUUUCUAGAUGUUUGGAAUUUAUUAAAGGAGAGGUAGAAACAAAACCAAGUUAUGUUAUCACAGUUAUAAAGCAACUCCUUUGUCCAGGUAAUUCUGUCUUGUAGCCAACCUUUGCUUUUUGUCUGAAAGAUUUCACGAGAUUAAAAUAAAAAAGCUCCAAAUAAAAUUCCAUACACUAUAA